AUGAUUACAGUUAACGACAUUUCGGUUCAGUUUGGUGGAACUACAUUAUUUAGCGAUGUUUCUUUUGCUAUAAAUGAAAAUGAUAAAAUUGCCCUUAUGGGUAAAAAUGGUGCGGGAAAAUCGACACUUUUAAAAAUAAUUGCAGGUCAGAGCAAACCUUCUACGGGAAGUAUUUCUACUCCAAAAGAUGCUGUUGUGGCUUAUUUGCCUCAGCAUUUAUUAACCAAAGAUGGUUCGACUGUAAUGGAAGAAGCAUCAAAAAGCUUUUGGUGAAAUUUUUUAAAAUGAAAGCUGAAAUCGAUGAAAUAAACGAACAAUUAACAGUUCGUACCGAUUACGAAAGUGAUGCUUACAUGAAAUUGAUCGAAAGAGUUUCUGACUUAAGUGAAAAAUUUUAUGCCAUCGAAGAAAUAAAUUACGAAGCAGAAGUUGAAAAAAUAUUAGUUGGUUUAGGUUUUGAGCGCGAAGAUUUUACACGUCAGACUUCUGAAUUUUCAGGAGGAUGGAGAAUGCGUAUUGAGUUGGCUAAAAUCUUAUUGCAAAAGCCGGAUUUGAUUUUACUGGAUGAGCCAACCAAUCACAUGGAUAUCGAAAGUAUUCAAUGGUUAGAAGAAUUCCUGAUCAAUUCAGCAAAGGCGGUUGUAGUAAUUUCGCACGAUAGAGCGUUUGUGGAUAAUAUUACCAAUCGUACUAUCGAAGUUACAAUGGGAAGAAUCUACGAUUAUAAAGCGAAGUAUUCUCAUUACUUAGAAUUAAGAAAAGAUCGUCGUGUACACCAACAAAAAGCGUACGAUGAGCAACAAAAAAUGAUUGCUGAUAACAGAGCUUUUAUUGAUCGUUUUAAAGGAACUUUUUCUAAAACAGAUGCCGUUCAGUCUCGUGUUAAAAUGCUUGAAAAAUUAGUUAUCGUACAAGUUGAUGAAGUAGAUAACUCAGCUUUGAAAUUAAAAUUCCCACCAGCAGCACGUUCAGGACAAUAUCCGGUUGUAGUAAAAGAACUUUCUAAAUCAUACGGAGAUCAUGUGGUUUUUAAAGAUGCUAAUAUUGUGAUCGAAAGAGGCGAGAAAGUGGCCUUUGUAGGUAAAAAUGGUGAAGGAAAAUCGACUAUGAUCAAAGCGAUCAUGAAAGAAAUUGGUAUCGAUGAAGGAAGUGUAGAAAUUGGACACAAUUCUCAAAUUGGAUAUUUUGCACAAAACCAGGCUUCUUUAUUAGAUGAAAAUGCUACGAUUUUUGAAACCAUCGAUAAUAUUGCCGUUGGAGAUGUUCGUACACAAAUAAAAAAUAUUCUUGGAGCUUUUAUGUUUCAGGGAGAUGAUAUUACCAAGAAAGUAAAAGUACUUUCAGGAGGAGAAAAAACACGUUUGGCAAUGAUCAAAUUAUUGUUAGAACCUGUUAACUUAUUGAUUCUGGAUGAGCCUUCGAAUCACUUAGAUAUGAAAACUAAGGAUAUCAUUAAAGAUGCUUUACGUGACUUUGACGGUACUUUGAUUUUGGUUUCUCACGACCGUGAUUUCCUUGACGGAUUAGCUACUAAAGUUUUUGAGUUUGGAAACAAACGUGUCAAAGAACAUUUUGAAGAUGUAGCAGGUUUCCUUGCGCAUAAAAAAAUGGAUUCU